AUGGAUCAAUCAAGAAAACGACGAGCCAACAGUCCACUUACGUCUGGAAUAUCCGCAAAGAAGCCAAAGCAAGAGGUCUCAGCUUUGAGCAUCAAAACACAGAAACAGCAUGAUAACUCUCCAGCGUUGCUCAAGCUGCCAAAUAGCAAUGUCGACAUCGAUUCAGAUUGGGCUCAACAAUACAGGAUACCCAAUCUUCCAGGAGCGGAUGUCUAUUAUCAAGCAGAUUUUGUUGAUGAAGAAAGAGCGAAUAGUUGGUAUCAGCGUCUGUGCGAGCUCGAAACCUGGUACCGACCAACGCUCACCAUGUAUGGCAAAGGCUACAUUCAAAGCCGUUCCAUCGCGGGAUAUGUAACUUCUCCCGACUUGACAGCUCGGUACUCUGGACAUUCGGUCCAAAUGAACCAUCCGUAUCCGCCACUCCUCAUCGAGAUCCAGAAUCGAGUUUCGGAAGCUCUAGGUGUAGGGUUCGAUCAUAUCAUGCUUAAUUGGUAUCAAAACGGGAGUGUGCAUAUUGGAAAGCAUAGAGAUACAAAGGAUAACCAGGUGAUUGCGUCCCUUUCUUUGGGAGCUAAGAGGACGUUUGUCAUGCAUCCACACAUUUCUAAAGGGGAGAAAAAAGUGGAUGCUGACGCGACGCGCUGGGUGUUGGCCAAUGGGAGCUUACUGGUCAUGCAAGGCGAUACCCAGGAGAACUGGAAACAUGAGAUCCCGAAAGAGCCCAAAGUUAAAGAGGGCCGAAUAUCACUCACCUUUCGACAAAUCGUACACGCCUAA